AGUGCGACAGAGCGCCCGCGGAGGCCAUCUAAAGUUUAUUCGCUUGUAAUUACUCGGCUUGUAAUCUGCAAUUGUGCUAUUCUUUUUAGGCGCCUCGCAGAGUCGAACUUGCAAGUACGCGAUGGGUCUGCAAUACGGUUGGAGCCCUCUACUGCUUUUUCUCACUCUCGAAUUUUCAAUUCCGAUAACAUUUGCCUCUCAAGUGCAGCUCGAAGGCAAAAGUUAUAUCACUUACGGCAUAAGAGAAAACACUGAUCCUCGAAAAACUAAAAUAACGUUGCGAUUCCGAACCAUACACCCAAACGGCCUUCUCAUCUUCGGAACCGAAGAAACAAAAGUGAUGGAUUACCUCCAACUUUGCCUCCACCAUGGACAAGUGCGUUACCUUGCUUAUCUUGGAGGCAAGCAUGAUUCGGGACUGGUAGACAUUGUUCAUUCAAAAAUGAAAUUGAAUGAUGGCAAAUGGCACAAUGUGACUGUGCUGCAAAAGGGCCGGAAGGCGGAGGUAACUGUAGAUUCUGAACUAACAAUUCCUGGAAUUACGCGACAAGAAUAUGAAGAUCUUGAUUUAAAGAAGGUUUACGUCGGUGGAAUGAAACCCACUGAAUACAAGUCUUAUGUCUACUUGAAAUGUCCAAAAAUCAAUUUUAAUGGUUGUAUAGAAGACUUGACAUUCCGUGAUAAAAACGUCAUCAGAGAGGUUGAACGCGGUUCUAACUCUGGAUAUUAUCUAUUUGGACAAGCGCCGUUUAAAUGCAAGGAACUCGACUAUCGUGUUGUAACAAUGAAUAACCCUAACGAGGGUUUCAAAGUGACUGUCAAAAAAUUACCGAUAGAUAACGACACAUUUUCUGCCAGUUUUCGGUUCCGCACGCUCGUGGGUGAUGGUCUUCUUCUAUCGCGUAGCGCCAUCAAAGUCAAGUUAUACAUCCGUCUGUCAAGUGGCUCUUUGCGUUAUGACGUCAUUGCUCCGAAUGGAUCUAAGACUGAGUUGGCUAUGGGUUCUAAUCUUGACGAUGGAGAAUGGCAUAGUGUGAACGCAAGUAUCCGAGGAAGAGACGUGAGUCUUCAUGUGGAUGGUAAACCGAGAACAAAACAAUUUAAUCAUUCACUUUUAAUGCAGGAAUUCUCAAACAAGUCUCGUUUAAAGAUUUUUCUUGGGGGCUAUGACGCAGAAAGAAGACUCUAUUCCGGUUUCGUUGGUUGCAUAUUAAAUUUAAAAAUUGACAGUCAAAAGAUAUUUUUAAAGAAUCUUAAAAUGAGUAAACACACCAAAGCUGACCUGAAAUAUUCUUGCCGCUUACAGAAUCACUGUCAGCCGAAUCCAUGCAGAAAUAAUGGUAAAUGUUCUCAGGAUUGGGAACGUUUCUAUUGCGACUGCACAUAUACUGAGUUCGAGGGAGACAAAUGUGAAACAUCCAAGUACAGGCCAACUUGUGAAUAUUACAGGUCCCUUGGAUUAAAGAAAAGCAUGGCAUGUCUGCUAGAUUCACUAGGAUAUGGAAAACCUUACACAGCAUUUUGUAAUAUAACAAAUGAACAUAAACGGACUUACACCGUCAUAACUCACAAUAAAAUGAACAAAAUACGUGUUGGCGAUGCUCCGGUCGUAAAAACGUUUUAUCAACAUGAAGUUACGUAUUCUAACUCAAUUGAAAAGGAGCAAAUCACUCAGCUGAUAGAAAGAAGCAAGGAGUGCCGCCAAUACAUCCGGUUUCAUUGCUUCGCUUCCAAACUUCUUAACACGCCUCGCGGACCCUCGCACGCGUUUUGGUAUACACGUGACAACUUGCAACAGAAAUACUGGGGAGGAGCUGAGCCCGGAAGUGACAAGUGUGCCUGCGGAAGCAAAGAGCCUUCUUCUUGUGACGGCCCGGGAAAGUUGUGCAACUGUGACAUCAGAGAUAACCGGUGGAGAGUUGAUGAAGGGUAUUUGACAGAUAAAUCUUCUCUUCCUGUUAAAAGAUUGCAAUUCCAUAAGAAAAGUGAGAGAUCUGAUUUUACGCUCGGCCCACUGGAAUGUUGGGGCAAUUCCCAUAGAGAAAAAUUUCCUCAAAAAACUCAAAGGAAUCCAAAGCCAGGUUACCGCACAAACGAUGAGAUUAUAGCUUUAGCUUGCCCGAGUAAGGAGUCCACCACUCCGUCCACUCGGACACCUAUUACAACUCUUACAACGCCGACAGGAACGACUAUGUGCCCCAGCGAGGAUAAAGAAAGGUGCUUAAAUUCGUCUUUGUCUUCUUCACUAUUGGUAAACUUUACAUCGCCUACUGUGACGGCAGAAAUGAUUAGACAGGAGGAGCCUUGGGAUGAAGGAGAUAUUUCAACCAUUGCAGUUGUUAUGAUUUCUGCUGCUCUGGUUGUUAUAGUUCUACUCUCAAUGAAAUUCGCCCUUCCACGUGUUAUCAUGUGUAUUCGAACUCAUAGUAAGCGCGGUGAAUACAUUGUCCCCCCGACUGGAUCGUCUGGAUAUACGGCAAGAUUACUUCCUAUUGUGGCCAAGAGGUCGUCCAUCCGAGGAAAGCAGCUAACACAGUGCAGUGGCAAUGGCAGGUAUGUGGAAGGCAAUGGAGCAGCUGGGCUCAAGUCAUAUUGGGUGUGAUAUGACGUUUAUAGACUGAAAAUGAAAUAAAUGAGUUGAGGGCCCGUGAUGUUGAGGAGUAGUAAAAGUUCAAAGACAGAACGACAUGCUAAAACUGCGCUUGCGCAAGUGAGAUCAAUAUCUAACGUGUACAUUUCAGAUAUAAGGAAGAAUUUGGUAAGUGUCUAAAUUGCUUGCAGUACGGUCGGAACGUUUGUCACACUAAAAAAAAUAAGAAAAUUUUAUUAAUACAAUAUCUUUACGAUGGUGUAUUAUACACGUAAUUUUGAAAAAGGAGAUCAUUAAGUUCAAUUUAUUAGUAUUCAUGGAUGUAAAGUCAAUUAAAACAAUUUUACACAAUGUAAUGUUUCAUCAGAGCUGAGCUAUUAAAUUGCGCUAUACUGCAUUAUCUAUCAGAAUAGAAAA